UGCACGUGAUCUGAUCCACGAUCUUCUGCCACCAAUUUCAUUUCUAUUUUCUAGUCAGUUUUGGAUGGUUUUGGUUUGGACUUUGAACGUUUCAUUUCUAGUCACUUUUAGUUUCGUGAUCCGCGAUCUGUUGAAAGUUUUUUUCUUUUCUAGUCAGUGUUAGUUUUGGUUUUGGAUGUGCUUGUUUGGGAUCCAUAAAUGAACCCUCUUGGUCCUUAAGGAUUUCAGUGCCAAAUUGUGAAACUCAGGUGCAUUUUGCCAGCUUGAAUCUCCAAUACUGUUCUGACUUCAUCAUCUCGGCCACAGAAUGGCAGAACAUCCUUCUAUCACUACUGUGCCUUUUGACAAAUUUCAUGCCAUGAUUGAAGAGCUUCACGCAAAAUUUGAUGUGUGGCUACUGCUUCAUAAUUCUUGUACCUGCUCCGCGCCGCUUUGUUUCCUCAGCAUAUUCUCUCGUCAUAAGAAACAUUUGCAAAAAAUGCUCAUGUACAGCAUCACAACACAUCUAUUCUGAAUGAAAUGUGCCUGUGUGUUGCCUCAAAUUCGAGCUUACAUCAUCAUAGACAUCUAUAAACGACAAAGGACAUCAAUAAAUGUUCAUCUGCGUUGCAUAAAAUUCCGCUUCCUGACGAGUUUUUGAACCUCAUCUUUGUCCUCAGAUCCUGCUUAGAUACCGGUCCUGUUGCGUUGAUUCUAAGCCGAGACAAGAUGUCAAUGGUGGUGGCCCGAAAGAACUGAUUUCAUAUCCCAGAACAUGUCUCCUAUGUGGGAAAAUCUACCAGACCAAGAGUGCCUUCUUCAAUCACACAAGAUUGAACAGAUGUAAACCUUCUGAAAUUUCAGAUGCCAUUCAUCGCUCCGACCAGCAUUGCCCUAACGAGGGAUGUGCCUUCAGUUGUAAAUUGCUUCCAGAGUUAUUGAAGCACUUGGAUCAGUGCAGUCAAGUCUCCAAGUCCUCCACUAGUGCAUCGGAGGGCGCAAAAGAGGAAACAUCGGACGGCGCAAAAGAGGAAAUCGCAUGUCCUGAUUGCUCCCAUGUUUAUUCUAGUAUGGACGUAUUCCGAAAACAUAUCAAAACUUGCAAUAGUGGUAACAAACAAUCCAUUAAAUGUCUUGAUCCUAGCUGCAAGCUCUUAUUUCGUACCCACUCUCAAAUGGUCACUCAUUUGGAGGAAACUCAUAAGAUAGAUCUGGGAAUAAAUUACUUUUCAUUUGCCUCUAUUGAUGAAUUCUUCCAUUGGAAACAGGAGGAAGAAAGAAAUGCUUAUGUAAUGUUUGUGAAAGAUAGAGGAAGUACGGAAGUGAAAGCGGGAACAACCCAUUACUAUGUUUGUAAAUUUGAUGUCCGAGCUCGCGCUCAUAGUGUUCCAAAAACGCCUAGAAAAAAGUUUGGUGGAGAAUCCCUAUUAAAUACGGAUUGUCCUGCAAGGAUGUUUGUUACUGUUAAUACUGAAGGUGCUGUUCAUGUUAAGUAUAUCUCAAAGCAUAACCAUGAGCUUAAGUUUAAGCAUGUAAAGCAUUAUAGAUGGCAUGAGGAUACCAAAAAUUAUAUUAAUCUGUUGUUAGAAAAAGAAAUCCCUGCCAAGAAAGUCAAGGAAGAAAUAGCGCCAAAUGGUGUUGACUCAAUUUCCUCCCAUCCUGUAAAAGAAGAUUUUAUUUCCACCACUCAAAUAAGUAAGAUGAAUUAUGAAUUCAAAAUGAAAAAAAGGUUAAAUAAGAACGAUGCUGUGUCUGUUCAGUUACUUGUACAGUCUUUAGCCUCAAAAGAUAAAGAUUCUGUGCUUUUGUACAAACCGCAAGGCAAACCAAUGGAAGUAGGAGAUCCGUCAGUUGAUAACAUUCUAUCAGACCCGGAUCUUUUUGUGCUUGGUUUGCAAAAUGAUAGGCAGAGGCAAGAAAUGAUCAAGGGGUGUGAAAAAAUUUUAGUGGUCGAUGCUACACACAGCACAAACAUUUAUGACUUUUACCUUGUUAAUUUAGUUGUUCCCGAUGAAUAUGGUGUGGGAUAUCCGGUUGCACACUUUCUGACAAACAAAGUCGAUACCGCCACCAUGACUGCAUUUUAUAGAGCAAUCAAGCUGAAAUCUUCUAAUUUAAAAGUCAAUUCCUACAUAACGGAUGAUGAUCCUGCUUUAUAUAAUUCAUUUGCAGAUGUUUUCGGUCCAGAGCCCAUUCAUUUAUUAUGUAAAUGGCAUGUAAAAAGAUCAUGGAAAGCUCAGCUCCACAACAAAGUAAAAGAUCAGGAAUUGAGGACACUGAUAUCCAAAUGUUUGUACUUAUUAAUUGAAGAAAAGAAUGUUGAAUCUUUUUCAGUAAUGCUUGAAAAAUUUUUAUCUGCAUUUAAAGGCCAUUGCCCUGAUUUUUGUCAGUAUUUUUCAUCCUAUUAUUGUCACCGAGUCGAAAAAUGGGCAAUGUGCUUCCGUAAUUUUGAUCAUGGUGAUACGGACACCACAAUGUAUUGUGAAUCGCUCCAUAAUAAAAUUAAAACUGUGUAUCUAGGUCGUAAGUUUAAUAGAAGAGCGGAUGAUCUUGUAAAUAUUAUGUUAAAAUUAGAUGAUGAUAUACAUUUAGCGUUACUGUAUAAAAGGCUGACAGAAGAGCCACCUUUAGGUAAAAGACAUAAAGAAAAUACACGCCAUAUGAAAGGCAGUUUAAUUCUAGAUGAAGACGUAAUUCUUAAAGGAAGUGAAUAUUUAAUUAAAUCACAGUCAAGAAAGGACACUCAUUAUACCGUUAAUGUAAUUUCUUCUGUUUGCACUGAGCCUGCAGUAUGUUACAUCAAGUGUGAUAAGUCACCGUGCACACAUCUUUGUUGUCACAUGUACACAUGCUCUUGCGAUGAUGUCAAUGCUUUAUGUAAACACAUACAUAAAGUCCAUUCGGUCAUAAUGAUAAAAAAUUCUAGUGAUAAUGAAGAUAUUGACACUCCUUAUGAUCCCUUAGAACUCACUUUAAAUGAAAUCACUUUAUUUGAUCCGCCACCUCUUGAGAAUUCCUCCCGAAAUGACAAUAGUUUAGAAAAAUUGCUUUCGUCCUGUAAAAAACAAAUGUCAGAAUUACAAUUAAUAUUAAAUAAUGAACAGACCCAUUCGUUGGUACCUCAUGUAGAUAAAACGUUAAAGUUACUUGUUUCCGAAUGUAAAGGACUUAUUUCAAGCGCAACAUCAUUCCCUCCUCCUCCAACAAUGACUCAGAAUUCUGUCCCACCAAAUCAAAAAUUAAAGACCCAAGAGAGUCAAUCUCUGUAUCGAACCACCAAGAAAAAAGGAGAGUGGCGCAAAAAUCAUAAGUUAUUCACAUGUGAUUCAGAAAAAACACUUAUCCACUCAGCGCUUAUCCACACCCAAAACCCCAAAAAUUUUACUAAAACAAUUCCAUCUGUAGAAGCAGUUACAGAAUCUUUGUUUGUUGAAGGGCCGUAUGAAAUAAAGUUGUACCAUGUAAAAUCAUUAGAUUACCAUAUUAGUGCUGUAGAUGAAAAAAUGCUAUCACAAGUUGUUCCUGACUUUCAAAGAGGAUGGUUAUAUGAUUGUGUAAUCUAUACUCAUACCAUCAGAAUUUCCUCCCAUGUCCCAAAUGUAUUUAUUGUGGAUCCAUGCGUGAGUCAAUGUAUUCAAUCCGCGCAACGUGACUCACUGCGAAAUAUAAAUGUUAGUGAAUUUGAAAAAAUGUUUAUACCAUGUAAUCCCACCGGUGAUCAUUGGGUUCUAAUGGUUGCAUACCCACUUACAAAAGUAAUAGAGUUUGUAGACCCACGUUCUAAUUCAAUAGGAUCUCAAUAUCACCAAUUUAUCGGCCAUUGGGUCAGAGCUUUGUCGAAAAAGUUGGGUACUUCUGCUUCUGAGUGGAAAGUUUAUGUUCCAAAACAUACAGAACAAUCUGAUUCUCACAACUGUGGAGUCUUUGUUUCUUGGUAUGUUGAUCAGAUUUUAAAUAAUCUUAGUAUUAAUACUGAAUUGAACACUAAUGCAUACCGUUUGAAUAUGUAUCAAGUAUUGAUGGGUUCCUUUUAAUCCCUCAGUCAAGUUCCUAUUCGGUUGAGUUUUUAUUUACUUGCUUUUGCCUUAGAAUUUAUUUGAUAAAAUUGGAAAUGUUUAUCAAGAAUUUUCUCCUCUUCCGGUUCUUCAGACGUGUGUGAUGUAAAGUAUCUCUGAGGUAAAUAGUAAUGUUUGCAGUUUGUGAUCACUCUGUUACCUCAUAUUUUCUUUUGUUCUCUCUUCGUGUAGUUUUUACGGAUCGCUCCAAUGUCUUUGUCUGAGAUGUAAUGCAUUUUGCACAGGUUCUGUGAUAGUAACAUUUUUUCUUUCAUUCUAAACUUCAUAUUUCCUCUCAAAUUAGAAUUCAACAAUUUGUCAGGUCAGGGUACAUUAAAUGCCUUUUUAAUGAAUUCUAUUGCUUGUUUUUGUAGUUAGAAUCAUGGAACUAUUUCCUGUGAUGAAUAAUAAUUUAACUGUUCAAGGGUACCUGCUACCUUACUAAGCAGUUGACAGGUAACUAAAAGUAAUUUUGUUGCAACUUUUUAUUUUCCUUGUACAUAUCCUUUAAAACAUGUUGCUGUUAUAAACCUUAAUCGUAGUUGAAAGUCAGUUACUUAAUUGAUCUACGUAUAAUUUCACUAAUUUACUUAAUUGUAAGUAUAUAAUUUUUUUUAAAAAAAUUACGAUUUCUGUCUAAUUUUAAGUGUAAACAUGACGAAACUUAUUGCUGUGAUAAAUCUUAGUCGUAGUAGAAAGUCAACUAUUUUGUCCUUUUACGUGUGAUUUAAAUAAUUUACCUCAGCUUCAGUGUUGAUCUCUUGAAAUUACGAUGUCCGUUUAAUGUGCGAGAUGUAAAAGUAACUGAAGGAAUUGCUGUGAUAAAUCUUAGUCAUACUUGUAGGUCAAAUAUUUAUUCGAAUUACGUAUGAUUGCAAUAAUUUUGUUAAUCUUAAAUAUUAAUUUCCUUAAAUUAUGCUCUCUGCUUAUUGUAAGUAUAAAAAUGACGAAACUAAUUGCUGUGAUAUAAUAAAUUUGUUCAUAUUUCUUGUAAUUGUAACCCACGUGGAAUUGUUUUCACCUUUUUCUGAAACUUUAUGCCUUCUCAUGUUUGAGAAUUCUUUUUUGUUAUUAACUGACAAGGUUGUGACCAACCAUCGGUCUGUGAUGGAUUUUAUGUUUUCAUCAUUCCCACUGUGUACUUUUUUUGCAGUCAUGUGUUAAUUGAUUAAAUUCAAUAAAUUAUUAGUCCAAAGAAAUA